CCACCACCACCACCAUGUCACUUACUGACCGCGCCCUCGAAGUCGGCUACAAGCUCCUCGACAAGGGUGCUGUUCCAGACUUUAUACUCAGACCGGUCAUCCGUGCGCUGUGUCGGCAACGACUCAGAGAGAUAGACCUCGGCUCCUUCGAGGCCAACUAUGCAGCCAAGAUGAAGUGGAUAGAGGGCGUCCGCGCUAGAACCAAGAUUGCGGACCUGACGGAGAAGGCCAACGAGCAGCAUUAUGAGGUCUCUACCUUGUUCAUGCUCUCGUGCCUCGGCCCCUAUGCGAAGUACUCGUGCUGUCUGUAUCCCACCGGAAAGGAGACAUUGGAAGAGGCCGAGAUUUUGAUGCUCGAAAGCUACUGCGAGAAGGCGCAGUUGAGGGACGGACUAGAGAUACUCGACCUUGGCUGCGGGUGGGGCAGUUUAUCCCUAUAUUUGGCGCAGAAAUACCCAGGGUCGAAGAUUACUGGGCUAUCGAACUCAUCCACCCAAAAGACACACAUAGACAACGCUGCGAAGGCUCGUGGCCUCACGAAUUUGGAGAUCAUCACCGCCGAUGUUAACGUCCAUGACUUCCACGGCACACGGCACUUUGACCGCAUCUUGUCUAUCGAGAUGUUCGAACAUAUGAAGAACUACAAGCUUCUCAUGUCGAAGGUCUCAUCUUGGUUACGUCCGAACAGCCCCGACGAGUCCUUGUUCUUCGUGCACAUAUUCUGCCACAAGACGACGCCCUACCACUUCGAGGAAGGCGACGGCUGGAUGGCGCAGACGUUCUUCUCGGGCGGCACAAUGCCUUCACACGACCUGCUUCUGUACUUCCAAGACGACUUGACGCACAUCCGCAGCUGGUAUAUCAACGGGAAGCACUACGCACAGACCAGCGAGGACUGGCUCCGCCGGCAGGACGCAAACGCGAAAGCGGGGCUCGCGGAGCUCGAGAAGGAUGCCGUCUACAAGGGACUCGAUAAGGAGGAGGGCCGGAAGGCCUUCUACAGGUUCCGGGUCUUCUACCUCGCUGUGGCGGAGUUCUUCGCCCUCCACGAUGGGCAGGAGUGGGGGGUUGGGCACUACUUGUUCAAGCGCAAAUCAUGAUGCUCCGUCCAUGUAUCUUAGCUGCCAGUGGAUAUACUGAUGCGUUCGAUGUUCC